AUGAGGAAGAAGCUUGAUACUCGCUUUCCCGCUGCUCGCAUUAAGAAGAUCAUGCAAGCUGAUGAAGAUGUUGGGAAGAUUGCAAUGGCAGUGCCAGUUCUAGUGUCUAAAGCUUUGGAAUUAUUUCUCCAAGAUCUUUGUGAUCGUACAUAUGACAUAACUGUGCAAAGAGGGGCAAAGACCGUUAAUUCACUGCAUCUGAAACAUUGUGUACAUAGUUAUAACGUGUUUGACUUUCUUAAGGAAGUUGUGAGCAAAGUUCCAGACUAUGGUCACUCUGAUACCACAGCUGACAUCACGAAGAGAAGGAAAAUAGUCGCCAAUGAAACCAAUGACAGUGAUGAAGAGUUGAAAAGGAACAGCAUGGAAACAUGCCACACAAGCAGCAGCGGAAGAGGAAGAGGAAGGGGCAGGGGAAGAGGACGGGGACGUGCGAGCAGAGUGAGUGAGCUCCACCGAGAAGUGGUUGAUCCCAUUGGCUCGACUCCCAUUCUCCAGAGCAUCAAACAAAUCCCAAUCCCUUGUUCAAUGGAAAAUAGUAAUAAUAUCAUCCCCUCAGAAACCAAGGACGAGAGCAACAAAGAUAUGGAUGGUAGGGCCGAGUCGAGUAAAUUCAAUUCAAACGCCGCAGAUGAAAAUUCUAAAAUAACGGCUGCUGAUGAGAUUACCGAAAUGGAUAGGAUGGCUAUAGACCCCUUUCAUCUCCCGCAGCUCGGCUCAAAGCUGGGUGAGGAUGAUGAGGAUUAUGACGAGGAAGGGUAG